GACCAGCAGUCACACCGGACCAGACCGCUAGUGCGGAUGCUUACAUCGCCGCUGUGCAGGCUUUUUCUCUUCUUUCUUGCUGUUGUGUUGCAGUGAAAUAAACGUGGGUGUCCCAUUUUCGUCCCAUCACGCCCUAAAAACCGUAAAGCGACGUGCCGACUGCUCCUUGGUGGUGGUAGCAGCUGACCGGACAGCAGCGUAGACCGACGGUUGCGGGACGAUCUAAAACCCUACCUCCCUCUGUCGACCCUUCCUUUCUCACACUCACAUCCGCCACAGUGAAGGACGACGGCACGCGUGUCUCUGUGUCUGGCCCGGCACCCGACCUACAUUGACGCAAAACACCACACACACACACCCUUAACUCGCCGUGUGUGCUGGCUGCUUUCCGGUAGGCUGUAGAGGGCGUGAUCCUGCGGUGGUGCGGCGUGCAAACGGUACCUCACAAAUUAAUAGCACUUAACGCGUACUGUGCGGAAGUAAAUUGCAAAGCAAAUAAGGGCAAAACUAUCGAGAGCAAAUUAGCCCGUGGCGGUCCAUAGAGAGAGAGAGAGUGAGCGAGCAAGAAAAUUAGUUGCCAUCCAACACAAACAUGUGCAGUGCAAAUGAAAACAACGGUACCGCCACGCCGCCCCCGGUGGCACUGUCGCAAAAUCCCAGCGAUUAUGGCAAUAACUUAAAAAUCAUCGACAGCAACGACCAAAUCAAAGAGCUGCAGACGAUCAUACGGGACAAAAACACCACGCGGAGCGACUUCAAAUUCUACGCCGACCGGCUGAUUAGGCUGGUGAUUGAGGAAAGCCUAAACCAGCUGCCGUACUCGGACUGCUCGGUCAUCACGCCGACCGGCGCCAUCUACGACGGGUUGCGGUACCGGUCCGGCAACUGUGGCGUUUCCAUCAUCCGUUCCGGCGAAGCUAUGGAGCAGGGACUGCGAGACUGCUGCCGCUCGAUACGAAUCGGCAAGAUUCUGGUCGAAUCGGACGCCGAAACGCACGUGGCCAAGGUGGUGUACGCCCGGUUUCCAGACGACAUCGCCCGGCGACAGGUACUGCUCAUGUACCCCAUCAUGGCAACCGGCAACACCGUCAUACAGGCGGUCAGCGUGCUGAAGGACCACGGUGUGAAGGAAAACUCGAUCAUCUUGUCCAACCUGUUCUGCACACCGAUAGCCGCCCGGAUGGUGGUGACCGCCUUUCCGGAUCUGAAAAUUCUCACCUCCGAGCUGCACCCGGUCGCACCGAACCAUUUCGGACAGAAGUACUUCGGCACGGACUGAGCGGGCGAGGCAGUGGUUAACGACGGUUAACGGAAGAGUCCUUCACCGGUGGGGGGAGCAAGGAGCAAGGGUGUUUUCAGGCCAAAAGGUUCACGUGUUCACUUCAACGCACGAACACAUUUUAACACGUUCUAGGGAAAGCUAGGGGAGAAUAGAACGAAUUAGCACUCUGAUUGGCUCAAGCAAAAGAAGCAAAUCCCGGCUGCACCACACUCUCAACGAUGUGUUGUACUUACAGUUCUCAAAAGCAGACCAGCAGACGAUGGCUGCGCAAUCAAAUACUUAAGGGCAGACGAUGUGUUACUAGGAUCGACGAUGUGCUGAGCCUGCGUUCGAUGGAUACAGACUGGACUAGGGGUGUGCGUGCUUCUGGGCACACCAAACACGAAUAGAAAAAAGGUAGCAUAGGCAUAGGAGUUGCUGCGUUUGCGAUGAAGUAGGCCGUGACCAGCAGCAAGGUUUGCAAGGGCAGCGGUAAAGGUUCGUAGCUAAUGUGGCAGAGUGAGUGUAGCAACAGUUCUGUGGUGUAGUAGCGCUAAGCUUUAAGCAAAAAGGUACGGAAUUUAGAAGAUAAGUCAGUAAAAUCACGGUCACGAUACUAAUACUACUGAUCGUGUACGCUGCGGCAGUAGGGACACAAUUACGUUAGCAAAGUGUAAUAUGCCAGAUACAAUUGUUCAUAAUAUACGAAUCAUUUUAAACAUUGAA